AAAAAAAAAAGGAAAAGAGAGAGAGAAUUAGCCAAUGGUAAGUGGAGACUGUAGAAAGUGAUAAAUGCGGCAGAUUUAGAGAUGAAAUCAGUUAAUCGAAUUCAUUCCUUCGCAAUUUUUAGGAUUUCGGUUCUUCCGAUAUUUCAGAAAAGCUAACCAAACACAAAUCAAAGAGACAAACAAAGUCGGAAUUUUUUUUUUUUUUUGAGAGAGAUCUAGGAUAGAGAGAGAGAGAGAGUGUGUGUGAGAGAGUGAGUGCAGAGAACGUGAAAUUGAAAAAUGCGUUUCCCACUUGCUGAGAGAAGAGACAGAGAAGAUUGGGGUUCGAGACUUUUCACGAGGCACUGAGACUUCUUUCGCAUUCUUCGAGGAAUACACCCCCAAAUGUCAGAUUCAGACAACCAUUUGAUCCUCCUCUGCUGAUCCCUUCUUCUUCUGCAUGCUGGUGACUACUACCUCCCUCCCCUUUAUAUAAGCUGAAAUGGAAACAUGCAUUUAGUUUGUGAAGAUGCUUCCUGAAGCUGAGGUCGACAUGUCAGAAGAUGAUUGCUUUGAGGGGUCGUUUGAAGAGCAUCAGAUAUUCAGAGAAGUUUUCUUUGCAAGUGAUUCCGGAAAGGCUACUACUGCUACUAAAAGAUGUCUCGUUACUGGAGCCAUUAGCUUCGAGUGUGAGGACUCCAGUAAGAAUGUCAACUCCUCUCUGAGUUCAAACAAUGACAACUCCGUGGUCACAAGUGGACUAGAAGGCUCUGAGCCAUCUUCUGCUUCCAAGGACGGUUCAGAAGUCAACACAAAAGCCAAAAGAGCCAAGCUCUCUGGUAACAAAGGAUCGCCUUUUACUGGUUUGCCUGAUUUCGCUAGAGAUGUGAUACCUCUCCGUUUAGUGGAAUCAUCUAGCAAGGGCGUCUCGACGAGCUCGUAUUUGCUGAAGCAGAGCAUGGAAAAGGGGAAAGAAGUUUAUCUGAGUGGCAUUGUCUCAGAAAACGUGAAAAAAUGCGAUGGAAAGGAGUUAAAGGCAAUUGAGUCUCCUGUCUCUCAGGAGAGCUUCGCAACCAGAGUGUUCUCUACGCCUCAUAAUGACAAGUCUCAACUACAGUUGAAAGAGGGACCUAAAGUGUCUCCUAAUGAGUUGAGCAUCUCUGAGACUUGUCUGAAGAUUGAUCCUAAAGAGGACCCUCGUCCUCUUCUCUACAAGUAUGUUUGCAAGUUGCUAGCUUCUUCCAGAUGGAAAAUCGAGAAGCGUCCAAGAUCCAAUAGUAAGUACUCGGAAACUGUGUACGUAUCUUCGCAAGGACGGAAGUUUCGUGAGUUUGGGUCAGCUUGGAGAUCACUUGGGGAGAUCUUGCUAGCUGGUCAUAAGUUAAUGGAGACAGGUACUAAGAAAUGGACAGGUAUCAAUGACUUUUGGUCUGAUCUCUCGCUGACAUUGUUGGACAUUGAGGAGAACAUGAAGCUAUUAGAUCUUGCUAACACGCGGGCGCUUUGGUGGAGUACCUUAGAGCCCUUUGUGACUGCUGUCUUCGUUGAUAAGAAAGUUGGUUCUUUAAGAAAAGGGAAUAAAGUUGAAGUUGCAAGGAACUCAGUUAUAGACAAGUUUAAGCAUGAGGAUGCAAACUUGAUCUCAGGCUGUCCUGAAAGUGUGCUGACAGUAUCUGAGAGCAGUCUUCUUGUUUAUGAAGAGAAUGCUAACCAGGAGAUUCGUUCUGAUCUUGAGAGGAAAAAUGCUUCUUCAAGACAAGAGAAGCAGAAGAACAGUGUUAGCAAGGUCGUUGAAGCUUCAAAGUUAAUAGCAGAAGGCAUCCAUGAGAGUCUUAUGAGGAAGAAGUUGCACGGAAGAUCGAAAAAAGGAUCCGAAGCUCCCUUGGACCCCAAUAGCCUUGAAUGCCAGGAUAAAGAUAUGGGAAACAUCCAUAUCAUCUCAGAGGAAAAUGGAGAUAAAAGGUUGAUGAAUGAUAAGAUGAAGAAUUCAAAGAAGAGAGGAAAAAAAGCUAGAAAGAACUGUAAUAAUCAAGAUGAUGACGUUAUUAAAACCAAAGGUAAGGUUGUCUGUGCAAUCAGAUCAAGUCAGAAGAAGAAAAGAGCUGAUAAAUCAUCAAAAGCUAGAACCAAGAAAAAGAAUAAUAAGGGAGGGUGCAGGCUACUUCCACGGAGCACGAGCAACGGGGAAAAGCAAUUUGGUCAAGGGAACUGGUCUGCUUUAGGUCCAAGAACUGUGUUAUCAUGGUUGAUAGCAACCAAAGUAAUCUCUAGGGACGAAGUAAUCCAGCUACGAGAUCCAGAUGAUGAUGAUAACGUUGUGAAAACAGGCAUCGUGACUAAAGAUGGAGUGGUAUGUACAUGCUGCAACAAGACUGUAUCGCUCUCUGAGUUCAAGAAACAUGCCGGAUUCGACCAGGGGUGUCCGUGUCUGAAUCUAUUCAUGGGAUCAGGAAAGCCGUUCGCUUCUUGUCAGCUGGAAGCUUGGUAUGCUGAGUAUAAGGCCAGAAGAAACGGAUCGAGAUCAGAGGAAGGGUAUGAUGGUGGUGAUGAUCCAAAUGAUGAUUCUUGUGGAAUUUGUGGUGAUGGAGGUGAGCUGAUCUGCUGUGAUAAUUGCCCUUCUACUUUCCAUCAGGCUUGUUUAGCAAUGAAGGUGCUCCCUGAAGGCAGUUGGUAUUGCUCAAGAUGCACAUGUUGGAUAUGCAGAGAGUUGGUUAUUGAUAAUGCUCCUUCUGACCGCUCUCAGGAUUUUAAGUGUUCUCAGUGUGCUCAUAAAUAUCAUGGAGUGUGUCUGAAAGAUGUAAGUAAACGGAGAGAACCUUUUCCAGAAACCUACUUCUGUGGUAAAAGUUGCGAGAAGGUGCACACUGGUCUCAGUUCUCGCGUUGGGGUCAUAUAUCCAAAUGCUGAUGGUCUUUCUUGGACGGUUUUGAAAUGUCUUCAAGAAGAUGGAAAGGCUCAUUCUGCACGAAGGUUGGCGCUGAAGGCUGAAUGCAACUCGAAAUUAGCUGUAGCUCUAUCGAUUAUGGAGGAAUGCUUUCUGUCUAUGGUAGAUGCAAGAACUGGUAUCGACAUGAUACCUCAUGUGCUAUACAACUGGGGGUCGAAAUUUGCGCGGUUAGACUUUGAUGGGUUUUACACAGUGGUUGUGGAAAAGAACGAUGUGAUGAUCUCAGUAGCAUCCAUCAGGGUGCAUGGAGUAAGUGUUGCAGAGAUGCCUCUUGUAGCUACAUGCAGCAAGUAUCGUCGUCAGGGAAUGUGCAGAAUCCUCGUGACUGCCAUCGAAGAGAUGCUAAUGUCUCUCAAAGUGGAGAAUCUUGUUGUGGCAGCGUUGCCAAGUUUAGUGGAAACAUGGACUGACGGUUUCGGCUUCAAAACCAUGGAUGAUGAAGAACGCGAUAAUCUCAAAAGAAUAAACCUGAUGGUGUUCCCUGGGACAGUUCUUCUCAAGAAAACGCUAUACGUUUGCACAAAACCCAACGCCGUGAAAGGUAAAGCCAACAAAGAAGCAGAUGUACACAAAGCUGGGUUUCCAGAGGGAUCAGAUGAUGAACCCCCCCUAGGCUUACUCGUGCCACUUGGAACCAACCAAACAGAACCAGCUUCAGAAGUGAAGACAGCCCAAGAGAGCAACACCAAAGAAGAUUGUUUGGAGAAGGAACUGUCAAAGGUUUCAUCAGAAGCAGAAGGAGAAGAAGUGAAGAAAAGAGAUUCUUCAUCCUCUGAAGCUGUGGAAGAAGUAAGGCAAGUUAGUAGUGUAGCAGUAGUAAAUAAUGUUAGUGAUGAUGAGAUGUUGCUUUGUGUUGAUGAACAACUUGACUCUGAUAGCUCUCAAGAAGACUCUGAUUAACAUUAGGACUUCGAUAAAUAAAAAACACUACCACUUCCACUCUA